UUUUGCGUUUUGCAGUUUAGUAAUGACGAUGAUAUAAUACACGUUAUCUUUAGUCAUAAAAUAAUACUGAAAAAAAAAUUAUUAUGCAGCAAUAUUUAUAUAUUAGGCUAUUAUAUCAUAUAAUACACGUCUUUUCCUUUUUUUUUCUUCUAUAAUCUUUAAUAUUAUAAAAAUGACAAGUUAUUCAAAAAAUGAUGUGUUUCGUAUUGUUGUAGCUGUAGAUAAUUCACUUGUAUCUAAAGAGGCUAUUCAGUAUGCAAUUAACUUGUGUACAAAAUUAAAGACAUCCUAUACAUUAGAUAUCUUGUAUGCUGUAGGAUUAAAUCCAUCAACGACUCCAUUUGGAUUAUUAAACAAGUUGGAUAGAAUGAAUAAUGUAGACCUUCAGGAAGAUGCUAAAGAAACGAUAAAAGAAUUAAAUGAAUAUUUAGCCAAAUUUGAUGAAACUAAAACAAAAGAAUUAAUAGUAAAAGAAGAUUCAAAGGAUAUUGAAUAUAUAAUUGAAGAUUAUAUUAAUCAAAAUCCACCCAACAUGUUAAUUAUGGGCUCAACAAAUAAAGAAGGACUUCAAAAGUAAAUAAUGACACACAGAAGCAAAAAACAAAACUUAUUUAUUAUUGUUAUUACUAUUAGAAUUAUUUUAGGAUCUGUUAGUGAAUACUGUUUACAUCAUUGUAAGUGUCCAGUCACUAUUAUUAAACAGAAUGUCAACAAAGAAGAAGAAGAAGAAGGACAGAUAAAGGAGACUACUUUUUAAACAAUAAAAUUUCUAAAAAUAAAAAUAAUAGUAACAACUCAGCGUGAAAAAAAAAAAACCCAAAAGAAACAAAAGAAAAAAUACACACACGCACACACAUAUACACAUUAUUUUAUGUCAUAAUAAAGCAUGCUUGUAGUAAAUUAAAGUAAAUAAUUCUAA